GUGCGUAAUGUAGAGAGAGAGUCAUGUAGCUCGAGCGCGCGCGUGGUGGUGCUGAUGUGAGAGGGGAGCGUUUCUGCCGCCACGACCUCCGUGCGCGCGGCUAUGACAUCCCCCACCGGCUCGAGGGCUGCGAGGCGUCGAAAGCGCGACCUUCCCGUGCACCACCCCACCUCGACGAGACAUGCGCGCGCUGCUUUGGAGAUGAGCUCGUAGAGACGAAGGAUAAGAAGAAGGAAAAGAAGAAGAGCAGGAGCAGGAGGAGUGGCCGGGUCGGCUCGGUUCAGUUCGGUUCAGCUCGUGCUGGAGAAAGGUGUAAAGGAGGGAUGCUUCAGACCAGUUUAAUAACUGGGAUAUUAGUUACUGUAGCCUAACUGCAACUGGUGGGUGGUGGUGGUGGGUGGAGGUGUUGGUGGUGAAGAAGCCCACCCUGGCAUCCUGACUGAAGAGCUCGCGUAAGGUGGAGCACGUCUGGGUGGAUGUUAUCAGCUACAAGGAUGAUGGAGGAGCCGCGCGCGACAGCGGAGUGAUACACACUGGCGGAGAAGUGGCGGAGAGAGGAGGAGGAAGGUGAUGGUCAUGGAAUAGGAGGCUGAAGGCUCUGAAGAUUUUCUGUCAGGAGAGCACUGAGGUCAGGAGAGCACUGAGGUCAGGAGAGCACUGAGGUCAGGAGACCACAGAGACGUCCAUACUUCCGUUCUUCUGUUGUUUAUCUCCAAAAACCACUUAACCAACAUGAUGUGCGAAGUGAUGCCCACCAUCAACGAGGGGGACUCAGUGAGUUCUCAGCGUGGCUCCCAGAACGGGUCGGAGCAGGAGUCCAAUUUCGAGCAGCUGAUGGUCAACAUGCUGGACGAGAGGGACAAGCUUCUGGAGUCCCUGCGAGAGACCCAGGAGGCACUCCUCCAAUCACAGGCCAAGCUCCAGGACGCUCUGCACGAGAGGGACGUGCUGCAGAGACAGAUCAACUCGGCGCUGCCCCAGGAGUUUGCAACGCUGACCAAGGAGCUGAAUACAUGUCGGGAGCAGCUUCUGGAAAAAGAGGAGGAAAUCUCAGAACUUAAAGCAGAAAGAAACAACACCAGGCUCCUCCUGGAGCAUUUGGAGUGCCUGGUCUCACGACACGAGCGGUCUCUGAGGAUGACGGUGGUGAAGAGGCAGGCUCCGCCCCCUUCAGGAGUGUCCAGUGAGGUGGAGGUGCUGAAGGCCCUGAAGUCUUUAUUUGAACAUCAUAAAGCCCUGGAUGAGAAGGUGCGUGAGCGACUGCGUGUAGCACUGGAGAGAGUGACUACUCUAGAAGGUCAACUGGCGACCACCACUCAGGAGCUUUCCAUGGUGCGACAAGGAAAGUCAGAAGGGAACUCAGUGGAUAGAAUGGAUGGCUCCAAACCAACAUGGAAGAGGCUACCGAACGGCUCGAUAGACGUCCAUGACGAGGCCAGUCGCUGUCUGGAGCUGCAGGAGAUGCUGGACAAGGCUAAUAAAGAGCUAGCGACGAGUCGAGAGCGGUCCAACACCUUGAACUCCCGAGUGGCCGAGCUCGAAGGUGAACUGGCUGGUGUCCGUAAGGAGCUGCUGAAGAGCGAGGAGCUAAGCACCAAACACCAGAGAGACAUCCGAGAGGCGAUGGCACAGAAGGAGGACAUGGAGGAGCGCAUCACCACACUGGAGAAGCGCUACCUCGCCGCCCAGCGAGAAACCACCUCCAUCCACGACCUGAACGACAAGCUGGAGAACGAGCUCGCCACCAAGGACUCGCUGCACCGGCAGAGCGAGGAGAAAGUAAGGCAUCUGCAGGAGCUGUUGGAGCUGGCGGAGCAGAGGCUGCAGCAGACCAUGAGGAAAGCUGAGACGCUUCCGGAAGUGGAAGCUGAACUCGCCCAGAGAGUGGCAGCACUGACCAAGGCGGAGGAGCGUCACGGCAACAUCGAGGAGCGUCUCCGGCAGCUGGAGUCUCAGCUGGAGGAGAAGAACCAGGAGCUGGGCCGGGCUCGUCAGCGGGAGAAGAUGAACGAGGAGCAUAAUCGGCGUCUGUCGGACACUGUGGACCGUCUGCUCACCGAAUCUAACGAACGUCUGCAGCUUCACUUGAAGGAGCGCAUGGCUGCACUGGAGGACAAGAACGCACUCAUCCACGACCUGGAGAAUUCCCAGAAACAGCUGGAGGAGUUCCACCACACCAAGGAGAGGCUGAUCGGGGAGAUUGAGAAGCUUCGGGCGGAAAUCGAUCAUCUGAAGAGGAGAAGUGGAGCUUUUGGAGAUGGAACUCAUCCUCGGUCUCAUGUGGGCAGUGCUACAGAUCUGCGGUACUCUGUGGUGGAGGGGCAGGGGGAUCACUAUUCCUCUACUGGAGUCAUCCGACGGUCACAGAAAGGACGACUGGUAGCACUCAGGGACGAGCCCACCAAGAUCCUGCCGAUGGUGGAGCAGGACUGGGACCGAUCCCAGCCGCCCAGCUUGCGCGCCAGCCGUUCGCACCUAAUGGGCAGCGACACCGAGCUGUCAGAUCUGGACGAUGAAGACCGCGAGACCAUCUUCAGCUCAGCAGACAUGCUGUCCCCCAGCGGCCACUCGGACGCACAGACGCUGGCCCUCAUGCUGCAGGAGCAACUGGACGCCAUCAAUGAGGAAAUCAGAAUGAUCCAGGUGGAACGAGAGUCUGCAGAGCUCCGGGCGGACGAGAUCGAGAGCCGGGUGAACAGUGGCAGUAUGGAUGGACUGAAUGUGACCCUGCGACCUCGCUCCACCAUCCCCACCUCCGUCACCGCCCUCUCGCUGGCCAGCUCCUCCCCUCCGGUCAGUGGGCGCUCCACACCAAAGAUGGCCUCCCGCUCUGCUGCCCACGAGCUGGGCAUCAUGACCCUGCCUAGCGAUUUAAGAAAACACCGCCGGAAAGUUGCUUCUCCGGUGGAGGCCCGCGAGGAUAAAGCCACUAUAAAAUGCGAGAUGUCGCCCCCUUCCUCCCCUCGGAGUCUCAGACUGGAUCAGAUGAACUUCGCCCAGCUAACUGGAAGCCUGGAGGAUGGACGAGGAGGAAACAAGAAGAAGGGCAUCAAGUCUUCGAUUGGUCGUCUCUUUGGCAAGAAAGACAAAGGCCAGCCAAUGAGCAAAGAUGGUCAGAUGACCCCACCCAUCAUUCCAGCAGAUUUUGAGAUGAGCAUUGGAGAUACCAUGACCCUGGGGAAGCAAGCCGAGCGAGACCGCAGGAUGAAGAAAAAGCACGAGCUUCUGGAAGAUGCCAGGAGGAAAGGCCUGCCAUUCGCUCAGUGGGACGGCCCGACGGUGGUCUCCUGGCUGGAGCUGUGGGUGGGCAUGCCGGCGUGGUACGUGGCGGCGUGCCGGGCCAACGUGAAGAGCGGCGCCAUCAUGUCCGCCCUGUCCGACACGGAGAUCCAGAGGGAGAUCGGCAUCAGCAACCCGCUGCACCGGCUCAAGCUCAGGCUGGCCAUCCAGGAGAUGGUGUCUCUGACCAGCCCGUCUGCACCCCUCACCUCCCGCACUUCCUCCGGAAAUGUGUGGGUGACUCACGAGGAGAUGGAGAACAUGGCAGCCUCCACCAAAGCGGAUAACGAGGAGGGGAGCUGGGCUCAGACGCUGGCGUACGGAGAUAUGAAUCACGAGUGGAUAGGGAACGAGUGGCUGCCCAGCCUGGGUCUGCCUCAGUACCGCAGCUACUUCAUGGAGUGCCUGGUGGACGCCCGCAUGCUGGACCACCUCACCAAGAAGGACCUGCGCACACACCUCAAGAUGGUGGACAGCUUUCAUCGAGCCAGUUUACAGUACGGCAUCAUGUGCCUGAAGAGGCUCAACUAUGACCGAAAGGAGCUGGACAGAAGGAGAGACGAUUGCCAAAAUGACAUCAAAGACACUCUGGUGUGGACCAAUGAUCACGUGAUGCACUGGGUGCAGACCAUCGGGCUGAAGGAGUACAGCAAUAACCUGCUGGAGAGCGGCGUCCACGGUGCCCUGGUCGCUCUGGACGAAACCUUCGACUUCAGCAGCCUGGCUCUCAUCCUGCAGAUCCCCAUGCAGAACACCCAGGCCCGGCAGAUUCUGGAGCGAGAGUUUAAUAAUCUCCUGGCCCUGGGCACCGACCGCCGCCUGGAGGAGGGCGAUGACAAGUCUUUCCGGAGAUCUCCGUCAUGGAGGAAGCGCUUCAGGCCGCGGGAGGGCCAGGGGCUGGGCAUGAUGCCCGGCUCCAUGGAGACGCUACCUGCUGGAUUCCGCCUCACCACCAUGUCCAUUCCCGCCUCCAUGGCCGUCGUGCCCAAGAGGCAGCUGCAGCCCGAAGCUGGACCCCCACCACCUCAAAGAAUUGACCCCUCAGUCGUCAGGACUUACUCCUGCUAACUCCGCUUUACUAACUGCACUCAUGCUAUCAGUGCAUUCCCACUACCUGUAUGGACACAUGCUUGCGGCCUUUCGAGAGUGAUAUGCCAAAUUUCGGGGGGAAAGUGAAGGAGGUUCUGAUCUGUCCUCCCGUCCCUCUUCCCCCCCGAGCGAAAACCAGUGCUUUCGUGGACUCGGUGCAAUAGGGGAAAAACACAACGGAACUCUGAACUCUUGAACGCAUUCGCUGCGUAGCUGCUGUUAUCGGAGAAAUCUCGUCACGUCGGUCACUUCCUAGUAACCCCGAGUAAUUUAGUCGUCGUGCUGGUCGUUUAAACUGGUGUACUUGGCCCCUAGUCUGUCAGUUCUAGUCUACUUCCCUGGGUGUGUUUUGAUGGCAAUUUACUCUGUAAGGUUUCCCCCCGCCCUCCGGUUAUGCAAGGUAUUAUUAAUCUGUGUCUCUUUCUGUAUAUAAAAUGGAUUAUAAUAUGUUUUUUAUAGAAAAUAUAUAUAAAUAUAAAUAUAUAUAUAUAUAUAUAUAUAUAUAUAUAUUGGAAUUGUAUAUGGAAAAGACUAUAUCAUUAUUGUUGUGACUGUUUAUGUUUGUUUGUUUGUUUGUUUGUUUGUUGCUUCGUUCGUUUGUUUGUUUGAAUCUCUUUGUCUGAUCGUGAGAUCUGAGAAAUGAUCGUUGUUAAACGUGUAGCCACUGUUCUGGACGCGUUGGACGCUGGAAGUGUUGGGAGUGGCCCAUUUAUGCUGACCUGAGACCAGCUUUUGACCAUGCUGUUGUUCUGAUCAUCUGGGCAGGCAGGAGGCAGCUGAUCCCAGAUAGAAGUAAAAGGGCUCAAUAUUCCAGUAGCAUCUGAUUCCUUAGGUACUAUUUAGAUACAUGAGAUAGAAUGAGUGUGUUUGCAAUCUGAUCAUCUCUCUCAGCAGUGCACAGUGCAAGAGUUCAUUACCUAAUAAUUGCAGGGAUGCAACAAAGUUUUUACAUUUUUAUUAUAUUCUGUCACCACUUUUUUGCUUUUUGCACUUUUGACCACUGCGUAAAAGUUAAAUAGUCUAAAUUAGAGAUGGGACCGAUCCGAUACAAUAUCGGUAUCGGGGCCGAUAUUGACGUAAUCCGACGAAUCGGAUAUCGGGCGGGCGCUGCCGAUCCACUUACCGAUCCAUAUUCCAGUCCAAAGCUUGAGCUGAACAAUAAAUCCGCCAUAACGUUAACACAAAACGCAUCCCUGAUCAGGAUUCCAGUUUAACAGUUUACCCUGAACCCCCAGCAGCUUCAGUCUGCGGCUGACUGAGUAACUUUAGCUGUUUAUCUACAAAAAAAGUCCAUUAUCUGGAGAGUUUUCACUUUGGAAACGCUGUACAGCAGAACGGUACACGUAAAGUCAGCGUCUGAGAGGUAAACAGAUUAACACCAGCAGUCUGUUAGCCUAGCUAGCACUGAACUGACAGCAGCUGCAUUCCGGUGUUGUGAAGGUAUGAACUACAGACUGGAGUAAACUAUAUUCAUAAUCCACAUAUCCUAUAAAACCACAGCAUCUACAAACACUAACCAGCACAAACACACCCAUCUGUUAUUAAAAAACAGUCAUUAAUUUAGUUCGGAAAUACAGUUAGCAUUGCCACUUAGCCGUUAGCCAUCUCCAUUAAGAUCUGCAGUCUGUUAGCCUAGCUAGCAAAAUCAUUCCGGCAUUGUGAAUGUAAUAAAUAACUAUCUUAAGUGAACUACAGCCAUAAUCCACAUCUAAUAUCAAACCACAGAUCCUACCAACCCUAACCAGCACUAAGAAAUCUAUCUGUUAUUAAAAAACAGUGAUCAAUUUAGCUCGGAAAUACAGUUAGCAUCGCCAGUUAGCCGUUAGCUAUUGCAGCUAAUCCUCUAUGCUACCUGUCAAAAUAAAAGUCUCCUGCACAACCGUUGCAAAAAAUGCCCUGAAUUUAACAUUUAACGUAUUUAAUAUUUUACUUUUUUUUAUAUUUAAUAAAAAUUCAAACAUUUUAUUUGAAAGGAAACUAUUGUGUAAUUGCAUAUGAAGUGUGUCAAAUAAAUGACUUUUGAAUGCAUUUACAUUAAAUGCACCUGUGGAUACUUGUCAUGGUGGGGUACAGAAUACAGACACUCGCGGAACCAGUUAAGGAUUUUAUUAAAAACCCACAGGGUACAGAGAAUGAGAUUAGCAAUGCAAACAAAACACCAGUAAAGGUAUACCUGGGAGCGAAGAGCUUAACAGGAUAGUGAGGCAGUCCAGUGGUCAUACACGAAGUAAGCAGUAUCAGAGGCAAUCCAAGAACAGAAACGAUAAACAGUCCAAUGGUCAUAUACGAGGCAGGCAGUAUCAAAGGUGAUCCGAAAAACAUAAACGAUAAACAGUCCAGGGUAAUACACGAAAAAAUCCACAACGAAGGCAAAGGCAAAAAUCGGUAGUCAAAAACAAAAGGCAAGGUCAUACACAGAAAAUAAUCACAGAAAUAACGCUUUGUAAUCUCGGACGAAACCUAGGCAAUACCUGGCGCAGGUGAGCGUCUAAGCUGUACUUUUAUACUGGUGCUAAUACUCAGGGCUUCCUGGCCGGGGUAGGUGAGGUGUCACGUGAUCAGCAGUGUGUGUGUUGUCAGCGGGUGGUGCAUUCUGGGUAUUGUAGUUGUUAGGCUGACAACCUCCGUUGGAGACCAGUGUGGAAGGACAGGAAGUCCCUACAGCACCAGACGUGACAAUACUCUUAAAAGGGCUGUGUGGUCUGUUUCAGCCUCAUUAUUUAACCUUAAUCAUAGUACUAUUAAUAAACUAAAAGUAUCGGUAUUUGUAUCGGUAUCGGCAAUCUUAUAUCAGUUUUAUAUCGGUAUCGGAUCGGAGCUGAAAAAAGUGUAUCGUCCCAUCACUAGUCUAAAUUAGCACUAGACAUAGAAAUCGGCUGAAAUUGAUGAAAUAUCACAAUAUAUUAUAUUUAAAAUUUAAAAGUAAGUAAUAAUACACAAAAAGGAAUACUAUAACCCAGCCUGUCACAUUAAAGCUCGAACCUCCAGUGUAUUAUUGCAAUUAUAUCACAGUUCCAUUAUCACUGUUUAUUAAAAGAUUUUGAGUUAAUAAGGUCACUCGGCGAGUUAAAAUAGUUCCAUUACUGCUCUGUUUGUAGCUGCACUGUUUGGUUUGUAAGCGCUGCAUCGCUGAAAUACUUGAUGAUCUUCGGUUACAGUGCAUUACUGGCUGAUAACGGCACUCACAGAACACCUCUCAGCCAAUCACAUUGCAGGGCCGGAACUAACUGUGGUAUAAUAUUCAAUAACUGAUAUUUUUAUGAACAGUACAAGAGCCAGAUUGUGUCGUAAAUCAUACACCUAAAAUCAACAUUAUUUUACAAUAGUUAAAGACAAACACAGACAAAAUGCAAUUGUAUGCAAAUACUCCAUACAUACUUCCAUACAUAGCACAGUGACUUGCUGCUGAUUUCAAUUCAUUACAGAAUAUUUUUGAAAAAAUAUUGCAAUAUGAUAAAAUAUUGUCAUUUUGACAAUAUUUGAAUUAAUUUCGGUUAUGUUCAGAAUGACCUUCCAAAUUAAAUUUUUAGUAUAUCUAAAUUCUAUCCACAUUGAUUUUUAACAGUCUGAACAGUCAGAUAACACAUUUGUAGGUGGUUUGAAAACGGAAAACAAUCAGAUUUAAACAGUUUCUCUGAUUGGAUCGUCACAACUUCACCAAAUCCAGUGUGACAGAAGUGCAGGGUCUGAGAAUAUCAGUAAAGAUUAGAUACUGAUAGUGAAAAUAUGCAGACCUUGUUACCACGGAAACCCAUGCAGAUAGGCAGUCUGAACACUGUCUUAGUCUUGCUAUUCAAAGAAAAUGUCCUUAAAUGAUGUGAAUUAAUCUGUCUUUUCACUUUUUUAGUUCCUUUUCGUGCCACUUUUAACCAAAUAACUUUCUGCAUCCCUGUUAUAAUCCCUAAUAAUAGUAAUACUAAUAAUAAUCAUCAUCAUCUUGAAGUAGCACUGCACUGAAUUUAAAGAAAAAACUUUCCAUAUCAGACAGAAAUAUGCAGAACUAAACAAAAUAUCUGCCGAGGAACAGAAUAAUAAAUCCCAUGUCCUUCCAUGUCCUUUAUGUCCUCCCAAGCCUGUAAUAUGUAAAGUAUAUACAGUAUAAAACAAAUAUAAACACUCAUUAAAAUUCAUCAAUAUUGUAGCCUGCAUACUCCUGCCAAAAAAAUAAUGUUAUUCAGCAGUAAAUUAGUUUUGUACAUAAUUUUAUAUCAUUUUAACUUCUUAAGUAAAAUAUAAAGUAAUAACAAAAAUAGAUAAAUAAAUAAAUAAAUAAUGAAUACAAUUAAAAUACCAACUGUCUUUCUCUAUAUCUUGAAAAGUAAUUAAUAAAAAAAUAAAUAAAUUAUAAAUGUAAAUUUUUGAGAUAAAAUUAAGAAUUUUAAUAUACAAAGAAAUAAAGGUGUAGGUCUUUAGGAAACAUAAGACUCUUAACUUAGGAGUUAAAAGUACUAAUUAAUUUGAUCAAUUUGAUAAGAGAAAAAAAACUGGUCAAACAUGUUGACAAUAAGGUUCAAAUCUAAGACAAAUAUUACUUUAAAAUGUAGAAAAUAAAACCAGUAAAACAUUUGAGGAAAAACAAAACAUAUAAUAAAUAAGAAAAUAAAUAAAUAAUAAUAUUAAUAAUAAAUGAAAAGUUUAAUUCGUUACUAAAAAAAAGCUAAUUGUUUAGAUAAAAUGUUUACAUUUUAAUGUAAAGAGCAUAAAGUUGUAAGCAUCCAAACAAUAAGAUAAGUAAAAAAAAAAGAAAAAAUACAUAUAAUAGUCAAAAUCUUUGACAAAAUACAGAGAAAAUGAUUCACAAUUUCAAGGCAGUACAUCUAAAUAUAUAUAUUUGAGUUAAUUCAAUAAAUAUUUAAGUUACAGUUCUAUAUACAAUAAAUCAGUUUUUCUAUCAAACGAAACAAAAUAUAGAGAAAUUUAGUCACAAUUUUGAGACAAAACAUCUGAAUAUAAAGAGCUGAUAUUUAAUAUUUGAGUCAAUUCAAAUAAUAUUUGAGUUUUAGUUCUAUAUACAAUAAGUCAGAUUUUUUUUUUUAUAAAACUAUACUAAAUAUAGAGAAAUUGAGUUACAAUCUUUAAGACAAUACACCUAAGCUGAUAUUUAAUAUUUGAGUCAAUUCAAACAAAUAUUUAAAUUAUGGUUCUAUGUAUUGUAAGUCAAAUUUUCUAUUAAAUGAAAACAAAAUAGAGAGAAAUUGAGUCACAAUUUUGAGGCAAUAAAUCUAAAUAUAUAAAACUAAUAUUUAUUAUUUGAGUCAAUUCAAAUAAUAUUUGAGUUACAUUUCUAUAUAAAAUAAGUCAGUUUUUCUAUUAAACGAAACAAAAUAUAGAGAAAUUGAGUCACAAUUUUGAGACAAUACAUCUAAAUAUAUAGAAAUUACAUUUGAGCCAGUUCAAAUAAUAUUUGAGUUAUGGUUUUAUAUACAAGUCAGUUUUUCUAUUAAACAAAACGAAAUAUAGAGAAAAUGAAUCACAAUUUUCAGCUCUAUAUAUAGAGCUGAUAUUUAUUAUUUAUGUCAAUUCAAAUACUAUUUGAGUUAUGGUUCUAUACACAGUAAAGAAAGUCUUACAGAACUCUUAUUAUUAAGUAUAACUGCUGUCAGCAACACAGCCCAGUUUCCACAACAUGCUCUAAAACCAAAAGCCGGCCUGGUCUUAAUUCCAUUUUUAGCUUCAGUUUUGCAUAAAUCAGUCAGAAUGAUGAGACGUAACGAGUGCGUAAUAAUGGUGUUUUUAUUUUCUUUUUUUAUUUGUCUUUCUUUUUAUUUGAUUUUAUAUAUGGUUUCUUUUCUUUUUUUUUACAGACAGUAUUUUAAUUACAUUCGAACAGAUGUACAAUGUGCCACUGUGGCAGCUAUUUUACUUAUUUAUGUAUAUGUAUGUAUGUAAGUAUAUGUAUAUGUAUUUAAUGCCAAGUGUAACACUAUAUGCUGAUUAUAUCGAGCCUUUUUUUCUUGUUUGUUUACUUGAGAAAGUGCUAUUUAUUAAAACUCUACCAACUGCAGUGAAUCUGUUUGAACGAUAAACAGAUGACUGUGCCCCAAUAAUCAGAUUAUUAUAAUUAAUACUUGAUUUCCAUCGAAGUUCAUAUCAUAUGGAGUGCGGGUGAUCAGUAGGUGUAUAGUGAUCAGUUUAUUUUGGUGUUGGACACUUUUGGCAGGAGAGGGAUGUGUUGGAGCAUGCAUGCCGCAAACCUGACAAUCAUUCUGCUGCCUCAAUCACCUAUCAUCUAUCUAUCAAUCAAUCAGUCGAUCAGUCAUCGUAUUUCCAGCUGAGGAAUCAAUCAGUUGAACUUGAACUUGAAGCUCCUGUGGUGUGCUGCUCUUUUUUUACCUCUAGAUCUGCUAAUUGUGCCUGAUUUCAUUCAGAUAACUCCAAAAGUCUUUGGCCAGAACUCCUGAAACAAUGUGAUGCACUGAAUUAACUUGAUUCACUCGUUUUUUUAAAGGAAGAUACACUAUAUUGCCAAAUGUAUUCACUCACUAUGAUGUAAACUCUAGAACAGUGGAGACAUGUUCUCUGGGGUAGCAUUUGGUCGCCAGGGUUACAGUACUGAUUACACUUUGCCAAGAGGGGGGAUUAUGGUACGGUAUUUUUUAGGAGAUGGGUUUGGCCCCUUAAUUCCAGUGAAAACAACUUUUCAAAUGCAUUUUUCAAAUUUGUGCUGAGAGUGGAGUUUAGCUACCCUUUAAAGAAACUAAAUAUUAUUGGAUGAUAAACAUAAUAAAGUGAAUAUCAAUUAA